AUGGCUCGUGGAAAUCAGCGUGACAAGGCGAGGGAGAAGGCCCUCAAGGCUGCAGCUGGGGUUAAACCCAAGAACACUCAAUCCGGCACACAGUUUGCCCGCACAAAGGAAGAACAAGCUGCCAUUAUGCGCGCAAAGCAGGCUGCUGCCGAGGCGAAGAGGGCCGCCGACGCCGCCAAGAAAUAA